AAGUAUUGAAUUGACUGAACCAGAUGAAAAAAUGAAAGAAAAGAAUACUAAAGUAACCGAAGAAGCUACUCCAGUCACUGAAGAAAAAUAUACAGCAAAAAUGAGAAACCUUGCCAAUGUUUCGGAAGAUAAAGUUGAAAAGGAUAUUCUACCCUUCAUACACAGGAAGUUAAAAGAGGAGGAAAGUAUAUUGGCACAAUUAGGGAACAAAAAUAAUAUUGUAUUAGAUGUUCUGGAUUUUGCUGGACAGGGGUCCUAUUAUGCGUCACAUCAAACUUUUAUUCGAGAAGAUGCCAUAUACAUAAUAGUUGUUGAUGCAUCUAGAAGUAUAGUAGAAAGAUUUGGGGAAAAUAAAGAAAGAGGAGCUGCAAAAAAUGAACCCCUUGACUUAUGUAAUACAUCUUUUUCAAAUUGGUGCCAAAAAGGUAUUGAACUUGAAUCUUUCAGAAUAAUUUGUCUAGAAAUUAGAAAAAACAAACUUUAA